AUGGACUGCACCCACAACACCAGUGAGAGGAAGACAUUGAAAAGGUGGUUCUUCAUUGAUAAAAGAGUUGGGUGA